CAGGGGCGGGGCCGCCGGCGAGUGACGAGCCGCGGGCUCUUCCGCCCUCCGCGGCCCGCGCUGCCCCGGAAGCGGUGCUGCUGGGAGCGCGGGUUGGCGGCGGGAGGCGGCCCCGCCCGCGGCGGCGCGUGUUUCCGGCGGGCGGUGCUGCGCGGUGCUGACGCUGGCAGCAGGCGGCGCGCGGAGCCUCGCGAGCGGAGCGGCGGCGGCGGGGGCCGGGCCGUCCGGCGGUCUGUCGGUCGGUCGGUCGCACCAUGGUGGCCAAGCAGCGCAUCCGCAUGGCCAACGAGAAGCACAGCAAAAACAUCACCCAGCGCGGGAACGUCGCCAAAACCUCGAGGACGGCCCCGGAGGAGAAGGCGUCGGUCGGGCCCUGGCUGUUGGCGCUGUUCAUCUUCGUGGUCUGUGGAUCAGCCAUCUUCCAGAUCAUCCAGAGCAUCCGAAUGGGCAUGUGAGGGGCCUGUCGUCGGUCGGGGCCACCCGCCCCCCGGCGCUGCCGUGAGCUGCCCCCCCCGGCCGGCGCCGUCCAGCCCCACUCUGUGCAGCAGCACCGGGCACCGGCCACAUCGCAUUCCAGGUCCCUUCACAGCCAUUCCGAGUUUUCUAGCCCGUGCCACAGUGCCUUGAACAGCACUACAUGUACAAAGCAAUAAAAGUAUGUUGUUGAUCUACAAUCGUGGACCUCCUUAUUCAGUGAGGUGCACGGUCACUUUCUCUGCGGAUAUGCUACACUGUACACGAUGUAGAUACUUAGGAGUUGGCACCUGUCAUGAAGACCGGUCUGGAGAUCUAUUUAAGUCUCUGUAUAGCUGGAAAUGAUUUUAUUUAACGUCGGAAGCCCGGAUUUUUAUAGUAGCUGGAGUACAAGUUUGAAGCAUGUUCCUAACGAAGCAGAUGGGCCAUGCAGCAUCCUGCAGCUUGCCAGGCACAUCGUCCUCUGUACACGUAGAGUAGCCUCACUGCAGCAUGUGGCAGUGCGCUAGCGCCCAAAUGCUUCUCACAACGGAAAACUUUAUCCUGCACCUCUUGUCCUAAUAAAUACGCAGUGCUUGUUUGUAUAGAGUUAGUGGGUGUUACUUCGUUAGGAACCGGCGUGACCAAGCAGCAGCUCUUCCUGGCAUAACCCUAUGUCGAAGCUCCACAGACUGCUGAGCGGCUCAGCCAGAGCUGCCACCACCUGACCGAGCCUCCCCAGGCUGCAGGCUGUGACUGUGCUGUAAAUACUUCUUGGACAGCGUUCAACACGUGGUGAUAGUUUUGAAUUUUGCAAUAUUGUAUGGGAAUGUUUCAUGCAGGUACAGGGACCCUGUGCCCACAGUUAUGCUUUUAUGUGCAGCAUUGGCAGCGUGUGCUAUGUCUUGCAAUAUAUAUUUAAUCCUAUUUAAGGUGAAUCCUGCUUUUAACUCAGUUUCAUCUAAUGAUGGAUCCAGUACUUAACUGCUGCCCUACGGAUGAUCACAGUUCCUUCUUAGUGAUGCUGAAGAAAA